AUGAGCAAAAAUUUGUGAGUUUUGAAAAAAUCGAAAAAAAAUUAUCAUUGUUUCUCAGGCCACUUCAUCAAAACCUCACUUAUAUGCUCGAGUUUAGUGAAAUAUUGGAAACUAUGGAAGAAGAGAACAAAGCCCUCAGAGAAACUUUAAAAUUGCUAGAAAGGUAGGUUUGAAUAUUUUUAAAAAUUAUUUUUUUGUUUCAUUGAAAAAAAAACCUUGUUUGUCCGGAUUGUUAAUGAAACAGGUGGACAAUUUUUUUCAAAUCUUUCUCUUUGAUUUAUGUUACGCUUCAUAUAUACUCGGUCUUUCGUUGCCCGGGUUAUUUUUGUGCGGCCUAUAAAACCAAUCCACAUCUUUCUUCUCGUCCUCAAUUUUUUCUAAACAAAACAUGUUUUAAUUUUCAGAAAUAAUGCUGAAAAAGAUAAGAUGAUCGAAAAUUUGCAACAUUCAAUUCGUCACUACGAAACAAGAGAAACAGAGUAAGGUUUCAAGCAUAGUCUAUAUUCUGAUAACUUCAUAUUAUUUUAGGUAUCGCAUUUAUAUUGACAAUUUGAUAUGUGCACUAAAAAACAAAGGAAAAGAACUUCACAGUGAAAAGAAUUAUUACGACUAUGGUAUCAAGGUUUUGCGACAUCAAACUACUCUUUUAAAUAAAUUUAUAAAAAAUGCCUUCAAAUACUUCAGAAUCACUAAAGAAGAAGUCAACGAAAUUCUAUCAAAUGAUAAUUUCGAAAGAAUCUAUGUGUAUAAUGGAGAACCACAACCAGAUGAUUACACACUUUUUGGAAUAAAAAAAGUCGAUAUACAACAAUUGGCAAUUGAGGCAGAAACGUUCGCUCAACCAAUGAUGCCUUCACUAGAUUUCAAUUGUUCUGACCCAUUGCCACCUCUUGAAGUUUUCGAUCCACCAAUCUUGGAUAAAUCUGACGAAAAACCUCAAACUGAACCACUACGUGAAAAUACUAUUUGUAUUUUCUGUCAACGCGAAAUGAGUUUGGAACAGAGAUUAGAUAUCUGCUAUCAUUGUAAGAAGUAUUUUCACGAAACGGUACAUAUAAAGAAUCUUAAUUUUUAUCUAAAUAUUGGAUUUUCAGUGUUUCUCCGAGUGGCUCAUUGAUAAUUCAGCUUGUCCAAAUUGCCGCAAACCAAUACCACUCGAACAAGAAGAAAAGUAUCUUAACAAUAUUGUUCAUUAA